UAAAGCAAACAACAAAAAUCUGGACUUAAAAAUAAUUUGUUGACUUUGAAAAGAUCUUGCAAAAUAAUAAUGUUAUAAUAUGAAUUUAUAGAUUAUUUAUCCUAGGGUAAUAACAACAACCAUCAUGUAUUGAGAACUCAGAAAGUCCCCAGCACUCUACAUUAAUUUAUUGAAUUCUUACAGGAAUAAAGAUGGAUAAUAUUAUUAUCCCUAUUUUAUAAAUGGGAAAACAGAGACUCGGGAAGUCUAAGGAAUUGGCAUAAGGUGGCAAAGACAGUAAAUUUUGGAGAUAACAUCUGAAUCCAGAUCUGCUUGUGAGCCCUGGAUCCACUGCACUGUGCUUCCAAAAUACUAUUAUUGAAGCAAUGGCAGGUUGACUGUGAGAACAAACACAGAACAUUUGUUUUUGUUGUUUUAAUCAGAGAUCCAGAAAAAGAAAUUCUGAAGUAUCUCUAGUAUUUACUGCAUACCCUGAGAUAUCUGUGUGUCAGCCAACCGAUUGCUUUUACCUAACAGAAUAUGGGCAGACUGGGUGAACACUGGUGAUCAAAUCCACAGAACCAGAGUGUUAACAGUGUAUCAAAAACCCAGCAGCCUUUAUUCAGAGCUGAACUGAAGGCAGAUGAAAUAUUAACAGCAGUUCUAGCAGCACAAAAUGAAAUAUGAGAUCCUGUAUCAGAAAUUAUUAGCAACCUGUUAAAAGAAAUGCUAAAAAAUGGCAGUUACCAAAUUAAAAUUGGAAAACAGAGCCCAAAUGGGAAAUUUCAAAAAGUUUGGAGGAAAAUAAAUGACAGAUUGUCCUCUUGGCUCUAAUUACUAUGCCAUCCUAAAUCCUACUUGGCAAUGGAUAGUAGAGGUGAAAUAAGAAACUGCAUCAUUGCCAGUGCUGGUCCUCCAAUUUGUAGUCUUAAGUGUCUGUGAUAGUGUCGGGGAUUGAUUGGAAAAGUAGCUAGAAGUUGGUAGCAUUUUAACUUUGUAUAAAUUGAAGAUUCUGGAGACUCUUAUUAUGAAAGGCUUCCUCUCAUUUGUGAAUUGGCCCCUUUGCUCUGCUUUUGGAUGGCUUGCUUCCUACAUGCAGAGCUACACUAAAUGCACUCUACCUGGAAAAGCUAUUCUCGUUGAAUACCUUCAAAUGUAAAGCAUCUAUUUGUCUACGUUAGUGUAUGUUACUCAAAACAGGUAACACAAAAAAGAGAGAGAGAUUAAAAAUACAAAAUACUGGGUAGUAAAUAAAGGGGAUAUUUUUUCAUCAGUAACUGAGGGCAGAGAAAUGACUAUAAGCAAAGUUGUCGAACAGUUGAUGCCAGAGAAAAAAGGAAAUGAGCUAUAGAACCAUAGAAUCUUGUUGGCGGAGACUAUGGAGUUCAUGCAGUCCUACCCUAUCAUUUUUCAAUGAAGAGACAGAAACGUGGGGAGUUAAGGGAUUUGACUUGCCUAAGACACAUAGCUGUUUACUGAUAGUCAGGCCAAAAACAUUUCCCAACGCCCAGUCUGGAGCUCUGUAGUUCAGCUUGCUACUGCCAUACUGUACUGAAAAUUGACAUUAACCCAGCCUGUAACAUAAAAAAAAUUCAGUAUCUGUGGAGAGGGAGAAUAAGGAUGAAUUUAUAGAUGGAAAUCAGUCUGGGAAAAAAGAAAGGUAGAAUGGAGGAUUGAUUCUCCUUCAUUGUGACUCAUUGGCCAAACACAUUUAAGACAUUUCGAGUCAGUUUACUUCCCAAUGCCUUACCACACAGCAGAAUAAAAUCAUUUGCUUGUAAUCCCCCAGGGUUUGUAUGUGUGUGUAUGUGUGUUUGUGUGUGUGUAUUCAGGUUUGAUUUGCUUAGAGAAUUCUCCCAUGUAUAGGUUCUUCAGGAAUAGAUUAGUUUGCAGAUGGCAUUGUUAUUGAUCCUUUUUAUUUACAUGAGCUUGAUUUCUUCAGUGUAAGGUGCUGCAACGUCCCAGUGGGGAGAAUCCUCUCUAUGGACCACUCCUAACUGAGGAUCAGAAGCAGGUUUAAGAUGUAAGAAUUAUGUUCUAUUAGCCCUUGAAUUCUAUUAACCUCAUGGAGAAUUUGGGCCUGUGUGUGCCUUUUAAUCAGGCCAGUGAGUUAGGUGAAAUAACUUUCUUUUACACAGAGUAACUUGAAGUAAACCAGUGGUAAAGAAGACACAAUAAAAGUAGUAGCAAUAGGAUAGUUUCAAUAGGAUUCCCUGUGAAACAACAGUACAAGUCUUUAGACCAAAUAUUUUUCAAAAAAGAACAACUAGAAACAAGAGAAUCAGACAAUGUGAUGAAAACUGCAGCUGGAAUGUUUUGCAUGAAAAGUGAUUAUAUACAAAAAAGAGGACUGGGGCUGGUAGGCGUGAAGUUGGAAAGGAGAGAAUAACUGAAAUAAGAGAAGAUAAUGGUUGACCAGGUUUAGUAAAAUAUUGCCUGCCACAACCACUGUUCCAUGAAGAGAUUGAGCCAAGAAGCCUGAAUAAACUAACCGGAAGUUCAGAGUUGCCAUGAUUGUGGGAGGCAUCAGGGAGAGCACAUCCGGAUUUGUGUUACACAGCAAUCACUACUGGGUGUCAGCAUUCAUCAGCCAGAUGGUCAGACCCACAAUUAAUCAAUUAGGUUGGGAUGAUCAACUGGACUCAGUUUUCCCCUUUGGUAAAACCCUCAUCAUACGGUACAAGGCCAAUAGCACUUUUAUCCUGUUGCUUUUGGAGAAGCUUCUAGAAAUUCCUCUUUUCUUUUUUUAACUUCUUGUUAAUGGAGACUGGUAGGCUCCAAGUUGCUUUGACAACAAAGAAUUCAAAAUCAAGAUUUUAACAGAAUAUAUUUUUCAACAUCCUCUGUGGCCAAGUACAUAUGUUUAACAUACCUAGACGGAAAUAAGGUUUUGAAAGCAGCAUUCUCUAAAGGGUGUUGCUCAACUGAUUUUUAAUAUAGUCUUCUUUUUGGUCCAUUCAGUCUAGUGGAACAACACUGAAAGGAAUACUUUCACUCACAAAAUGAUAUUAUAAUCAAAUAAUAAUAAUUAAAACCAUUUAUUAGGUAUUCCCCAUGUGACAGGUGCUGCUGUGAUAAGGAUUUAUAAACAUUUAUUCAGUCCUUAUAAUAAUCCAGUGAGGAUGACCAUAUUAUUUCCAUUUCAUAGAGAAGAAAACUGAGGCUAGAGAAGUUUAUUUGUCCAAAGUUACACAUUUAAUAAAAGAUGUGUCAAGAUGAUUUAAUACUCUCUGGAAAGAGAGCUAAAUAAAAUGUAUGUUUUCUCACACAUAUGUAUCUGUGCAUUUCUGAGGGAUAACAAUUAGGAAUAUAUGGUGGGUCCUUAUUAUUCCUCUUCAAAGAACUUCAAAGUAAAUCUCCAACUCUGCUGAUCUUAUUUGGUUUUCUCUCCUUCUCUUGCUCCACACCAUCUGACUUGCGAUUAUUUCAGAGCCAUCACUAUUAUUUUCUGAUAAUUCUCAGCAUCCACCUUAUCUCAGGCAGUCCUUCAAAGUUUGAUUCAGAUACCAAGUCAUUUCUUUAUGAGUUGACUUACAGAGAGAUUUGCCUCUUCCAAAAAAAUGUCUCUGAUUAUUUUUUAUGCCAACUAUGGCUUAUCCCUCUGAAUGCUAUAACCUCUCUCUCCCCUUGCUGUAUUAUAUCAUUACUGCAUAGGGAGAGCUAUUUGAAAGUACUGUUGGUGGAAAGGAUCACUUUCUAAUGCUGGUCUGCGCUGAUCCCAUUGAGUUGAAAUACAGGCAACAUGUCACAUUUCCCCUGCAUUUCAUCAUUGAAUUUGUGGUGCCUCUUUUUCCUCAGCAAUUCUCUACCCCAUCCAAGUUCAAUUUAAGGAGCUCUUCUCUUCAACCAUUUCACAUCCAGUGUUGUGCAGGUAUACAAGGACACUAUUUACACAAAUAAAUGUAUUUAAGAUAUUGGGCCCCUCCUUAUAAUUGCAUUCUUUAAUGAAGUAUAGGGCUUCUUCUUGCUGUCUAAGUGUAGUGCUUAGUUUUUAUUUACUUCGUUUGUAACUUACAGGAUUGGGAAAGCAAUACCAAAAUACCAGGAUAGUAUGCAAGCAAAUACUGCUUCUUAAUUUAAGUUCAUGAGCAUGUGGAAGAAAAAGUAUUCCAGAAGUUUUAAUGAGCAUCUUCUAUCCUCCAGAGUCCUAACAGUGCCCUCUUUUUUUUUUCCUGUGGUACUCUCUUUCAUUCUUGCUGUGUUGAGUAGGUAGCUGUUCUAAGUUUGUUUUUGUUUUUUGUUUUUUGUUUGCUGUUCAUUUUUCUACAAUCCUACAAUCCUCACCCAAAAGCUGAUAAAGCACUUUCAUUUUGACCUGCAGCAUCCCCUUGAAUCACAGAGCCAAGCCCUGCCAUCUAGACUGCCUUUCUGCUUCACUUUGCUCCUGACCUAACCCCCCUGCUAUUCCAAGCCUGGCCUCUCAUGACCAGAGACUGCUGACUCAUUCUGGCCUGUGCCAAGCUGUGUAGUCGCUUAGUGAUGUGGACAGGAGUCGAAGGACUAGAAUGAGAUCACUGAACUCAUUUCACUUGUUGCUUACGGUACAGUCCAGCAUGAGCUGGAAAUGUAGGAACCUCAGCCUCCCGAGCAGAAAGAUUCCUUGACCAUAAGUCUGUGGCCUGCCGCUUCUCUUCAUAUGCAACCGCUCUCUGUUGCCUGCCCCAAUGAACAUCUGCACUAGGCCCAAGCCUUGGAGUGACUUACCUGAAGAGUGACACCAUUUAUUUGGAAACUACUAUGAGGAAACUGAAGCCCAGAGAGGUGAAGUGAGGUGCCCAAGGCCACACAGAAGUUAGAGGCACAGCUAGUACCAUAGCUCAAGUCUCCUGACUCCCAGUCCAGUGCUCCUCCCAUUACUCCACGGGUCCUGUCUCUAAGCUUCCUGACAAAUGCUAGAACGGAAGAAACCCAAGACAGCUGAAAACCAGAAGGCAUCUGAGGAGAAUGAGAUUACUCAGCCGGGUGGAUCCAGCGCCAAGCCGGGCCUUCCCUGCCUGAACUUUGAAGCUGUUUUGUCUCCAGACCCAGCCCUCAUCCACUCAACACAUUCACUGACAAACUCUCACGCUCACACCGGGUCAUCUGAUUGUGAGUACACCAGUGACAUCAGUUGCAAGGGGAUGACCGAGCGCAUUCACAGCAUCAACCUUCACAACUUCAGCAAUUCCGUGCUCGAGACCCUCAACGAGCAGCGCAACCGUGGCCACUUCUGUGACGUGACGGUGCGCAUCCACGGGAGCAUGCUGCGCGCGCACCGCUGCGUGCUAGCGGCCGGCAGCCCCUUCUUCCAAGACAAGCUGCUGCUGGGCUACAGCGACAUCGAGAUCCCGUCCGUGGUGUCGGUGCAGUCGGUGCAAAAGCUCAUUGACUUCAUGUACAGCGGUGUGCUGCGCGUCUCGCAGUCAGAAGCCCUGCAGAUCCUCACGGCCGCCAGCAUCCUGCAAAUCAAAACAGUCAUCGACGAGUGCACGCGCAUUGUGUCGCAGAACGUGGGCGAUGUGUUCCCGGGGAUCCAGGACUCAGGCCAGGACACACCGCGGGGCACUCCUGAGUCAGGCACGUCAGGACAGAGCAGCGACACCGAGUCGGGCUACCUGCAGAGUCAUCCGCAGCACAGCGUGGACAGAAUCUAUUCGGCGCUCUACGCGUGCUCCAUGCAGAACGGCAGCGGCGAGCGCUCCUUCUACAGCGGUGCGGUGGUCAGCCACCACGAGACGGCGCUGGGCCUGCCCCGCGACCACCACAUGGAAGACCCCAGCUGGAUCACACGCAUCCACGAGCGCUCCCAGCAGAUGGAGCGCUACCUGUCCACCACCCCCGAGACCACGCACUGCCGCAAGCAGCCCCGACCCGUGCGCAUCCAAACCCUGGUGGGCAACAUUCACAUUAAGCAGGAAAUGGAGGACGAUUAUGACUACUAUGGGCAGCAAAGGGUGCAGAUCCUGGAGCGCAACGAAUCCGAGGAGUGCACAGAAGACACCGACCAGGCGGAAGGCACCGAGAGUGAGCCCAAGGGAGAGAGCUUUGACUCGGGCGUCAGCUCCUCCAUAGGCACUGAGCCGGACUCGGUGGAGCAGCAGUUCGGGCCCGGGGUGGCGCGGGACGGCCAGACCGAGCCCGCCCAACCCGAGCAGCCUGCGGAGGCCCCUGCUGAGGGUGGGCCCCCAUCGCACCAGCUAGAGACAGGCGCCUCCUCCCCUGAGAGAAGCAACGAGGUGGAGAUGGACAACACCGUCAUCACCGUCAGCAACAGCUCAGACAAGAGCGUCCUGCAGCAGCCUUCUGUCAGCACGUCCAUUGGGCAACCAUUGCCAAGUACCCAGCUCUACUUACGCCAGACAGAAACCCUCACCAGCAACCUGAGGAUGCCUCUGACCUUGACCAGCAACACACAGGUCAUUGGCACAGCAGGCAACACCUACCUGCCAGCCCUCUUCACUACCCAGCCGGCAGGCAGCGGCCCCAAGCCUUUCCUCUUCAGCUUGCCACAGCCCCUUGCAGGCCAGCAGACCCAGUUUGUGACGGUGUCUCAGCCGGGCCUGUCCACUUUUACUGCACAGCUGCCAGCGCCACAGCCCCUGGCCCCAUCCGCAGGUCACAGCACAGCCAGUGGGCAGGGCGAAAAAAAGCCUUAUGAGUGCACUCUCUGUAACAAGACUUUCACCGCCAAACAGAACUACGUCAAGCACAUGUUUGUACACACAGGUGAGAAGCCCCACCAAUGCAGCAUCUGUUGGCGCUCCUUCUCCUUAAAGGAUUACCUUAUCAAGCACAUGGUGACACACACAGGAGUGAGGGCAUACCAGUGCAGCAUCUGCAACAAGCGCUUCACCCAGAAGAGCUCCCUCAACGUGCACAUGCGCCUCCACCGAGGGGAGAAGUCCUACGAGUGCUACAUCUGCAAAAAGAAGUUCUCCCACAAGACCCUCCUGGAGCGACACGUGGCCCUGCAUAGUGCCAGCAACGGGACCCCUCCCGCGGGCACACCUCCAGGUGCCCGUGCUGGCCCCCCAGGCGUGGUGGCCUGCACCGAGGGCACCACUUACGUCUGUUCCGUCUGUCCAGCAAAGUUUGACCAAAUCGAGCAGUUCAACGACCACAUGAGGAUGCAUGUGUCUGACGGAUAAGUAGUAUCUUUCUCUCUUUCUUAUGAACAAAACAAAACAACAAAAAAAGAAACAAACAAAAAAGCUAUGGCACUAGAAUUUAAGAAAUGUUUUGGUUUUGUUUUUACUUUCUGUUUUUGUUUUUGUUUCGUUUCAUUUUGUACUACAUGAAGAACUGUUUUUUGCCUGCUGGUACAUUACAUUUCCGGAGGCUCGGGUGAAUAAUAGUUUUCCCAGUCUCCCUCGGAUGGUGGCCUUAAGGCCUGGUAGUGCUUCAAGAGGUCCACUGGUUGGAUCUCUAGCUACUGGCCUCUAAAUACAACCCUUCUUUACAAAAAAAUCUUUUAAAAAAAGUAAAAAAAAAAAAAAAAAAAAAAAAAAAAAAAUUUUUUUUCACUUGUGAAGAGCACUACAAAAAUAUAUAACAAAAUCUAAAAGGCCUACUGUCUUUACGUACACCGCUUGCAGUGUUUCAGUGGACAUUUUCACAAUUCUGGCCGCUUGGACUUCACAGUAACCAGUUAAAACUGUGGAAUAUCACUUCUGGUUGAAAACCCAGAGGAAAGGCCCUGCUGUUUUUCCACCUACCACGUUGUCUGAUUUCAUAAAAGGGCUGUGGGGGUGGGAAGGGGCAGUGGGCCCCGUGGUGUGGGAAAGGUGAACGGCAGGCUGCUCUCCCAGAUUCUGCUGAGUGCACACACCCUGGCCCACCUCCUCAGUAUCCCCCCUUUCAGCAGAAGCCAGGAAGACUUGGACAAGCAACAAGCAACAGUGGCUAUCGUAUUUAUUCAGUGUCUUCGCUGAGCCACAGCCUCAGCACAAUCAAGAGGGACUUUCAUGAAAGGCAGGAAUGCAGAUAAAACAAAGAUAACAGAGGUUUGCACCUAUGUUUCUAGGUACAAGAGAAGGAUUAUUUCCAACAAUCUCUGCAAAAAUUUAAAAAAAAAGGGUCAGGAUAUAUUCUUGUGGAAGAGAAAAAGAGAAAUGGAGGGUGGGGGGAAUAAUAAAAGUUCUUGAGGCUUUUUUAAUUCAAAAUUUUAUAGAGGGGCUAAAGUGACGUUUACCAGAUAGAAUGCUGAUUUUUUUAAUAUAUUUACAACAGUAUUUGUGUAAAAAAAAAACAAAAAAAAGUGAGAUUGUUAAAAGUAAUUUGUUUUCCUUUUGGUUUUGCAUACACUGCCACCAAUCCCUUCUCUUUUAUUUUAUUUCACAAACAUAUAUAUAUUUUUUGGUAAGUCAAGACUGUUAAGGUUAGCGAUACUGCUUCCGGAGAGAAGGAAUAAAAGGCAACUAAAGUUAUAUUUGAAAGAGAGGAAGGAUAUUUUCUUCAUAUUUUGUUUAUUUUUCUUAAUUUUUAUUAUUUUAAGUAUUGCCUGGGUUGAUGAGGGCCUCUGUGGCCAGCCCAUCCCUGCUGUAAUUUGAACUGCUGCUUUGUAUUUUGAUAUGUAGUUCUUUGACUUUUAGCAAGCUUAAGUUGCUCCACUGAAUAUUUUUUUGAACUGAUCCAUCUAGAAUUCUGUUCUUUUUCAUGGGAGGGACUUUAUCUUUCAGAAACAGACUUUCUUGCCUCUCCAAAAGUUCACUGAGGUCUUAUGAUUCUACAAUUUCUAUUAACUUUACUCUUUGCUUUGAUGAAACACUAGUAGUCUAGAGAUCUUGACAAAUGGAUUCUUUUCUCUUGUGGUCACCAGGCGAAGGAGUUCCUCAAACUCCGCCGUGCCUCUUCUCCUGUCAGAGCUACAGAGAGCAUCAUUAUCAGGAACCUGUUACAAAGCAAGAUGCAUUGAUGCCAAAAUCACUUUCUUCCCUUUCCAAGUUAUCACCUUCUGACUAUUUCCACCAUGGUUGAACAAGAUGAUCCUUUUUUUCAAAGAUUUUUAACCCUUGCUUUUUGGAAAGGUUUUAGGGACAUUAACAAAAUUUCCCAGAUGCCAACAGCCAUCAUUCAAAAGGCCACCAACCCAUUACAUCAUCCCACAUGCUACUCUCUCUUCCUAUUUGGAAUUUCUCUCCUUGGUCCUGAUCAAGGUGUUUUAAUUAGAGAUUUUUUCUUUAUGGACAGUGUCCUAAAGAUAUUCCAACUCAAAUAUAGGAAUUCCUAAACCAAACUAAAACUCUAAAAAUUAUUUCAUUGCUGGGCAUAUUUUAACACACUUAAGAGAAAAAAAAUAAAUCUUUUAAAUGAAGAAAUACCGAACAAUAAUUUUUUAAGAAGAGAAGAGGGAGUAUUUUAGUUUCAGAAUUGUUAUGCAUUUUAAUUUAAUUUUCCUUCUAAUUUUCCUGUCAGUAUUUUAUUUACAAAAACUAGGCAGCAAAUGAGGAGAAAUCUUCCAAAGCAAGCAAAUCUAUAAUGACUAAAUUGGUUUUAUUUAUGUAUUUUAGACAUUUGGUUAACUUGGGUCUUUGCCAUAAGUUCUUUGUAAUGUGUAGUAGGGUUAGUGCAAAUGAAGUAUACAUGGCUUUGAUUUGGUCGUACAGUCCUUAUUCAGUGGCUAUCUUGCUAGAUGUUUUAAUGUAGGCUUGGUUGGUUAACUGACUGUAUCACCCAUCAUGAUUUCUAAGAGGAGUCCUUCCAGGAACUGUGUGUCCAAAAUCAAUCUGUUUUAAAAGUUAAUGGGAAACAGCUUUAGAAGUAAGAGAAAGUCCAUUUCUCUAUUGCUAAUUUUGCUUUUCAACUUAUCAAUGUUUUAAGACUCUAAUAUUUCCACUUACCACCAAUAGAGGGAGCAUUAGUUAAUUAACUAUGUCAUGGAAUUGUUUUGAUAUUUUGAAAAAUGAUCAUCCAACUCAUAAAAUAAAAAAGAUUGACACUCACCAAUUAAGAGAAAAAUUUUAAAUCUAGAGGAAAAUGACAUGAAAUCACUUGCAUAUGUCAUAAACAAAAGACGGCCAAAAGCCACUUUAUAAUAUAUUUAACUAUUUGACUGUAGCCCAUUUAAAAUAGUAUCUUUAUUCAACCUCAGCAAAGUCAGCAGAAUUCAUAAUACCUCCAGGAAAUUUGAUCUUGGGUGCCAUUAUGGGCUGCGUUCAGCUAUCUGCUUCUCAAAUCUGAGGUGGAUCCAUUUACCUCAAUGCCGAUUCGCCAUAUACAAAGCUAAGCAAUUGGGUUAAAAUCCAUCUUUAAUUAUAGAAUAGGUAGGAAAAAAAUUCCAGUUGGAUUUGAUGUUCAUCCUUUCCCUGCAAAGGAAGUAUCUCUUCUUUCAAAAAAAGCUGGAGGAUUCCUAAAGAAUUCUUGGUGAGGUGACAUAAUCAUUGUAGAGCCUGACAGCAUUGACUACCAGGUUUGCAUAGCAGCAGACUUAUUCCUACUGUACGUCUGUUCCCCCAAAGAUCUCACAGCCUAAAAUAAUUGACAGAUUAUUCUCUGGGAGAGAAAGGAGCUAAAUUGGAGUGGGAGAUCUAGCCUGCAGUAGCAGAGAAGUUGCUGUGGGGCCAUUACUACAUGUUCUGGCCUCUGACGCUGCUGCUUUCCCAACUGACCCAUGUUUUAGAAAGUAAACCAGUCUUUACCUAGUUCAGAGGAGUAGAGGUGCUUUUAGAUUGUCAGUCUUUACCUUUUAAAUUAAACUGUCACAAACAUCUUAGGAAAUGGGGGUAAAUAUUUUGCUUCAAGAUCAAAGGAUGAGUAUGGAUCCUUUUAGUUAUAACAUCUUAUGUUUAGAACUUCAUGCUAGAAUGCUAUGAGUGUAAAAUCUUUUUUUUUUUCAGUAGUUAAGAAAAAAAUAAGAGAAUGAAUGUAAGUGAAUGUUCCAGAUUUAAGACUAUUUAGGAUGAGUACAGGAGACAAGAACUGCUAUGGAAAAGAACAUUUUUUCAGCAAUUUCUGAUUUAAAAUGGAAUUUCCUGAACAACAGAAAGGAAACAAAGUCAAAUGAGAAUGUUUAUCUCAAGACAUUUAGAUAGAGUUUAUGAAAAAUAAAAAAUUUCUGAGCACUAAAAACAUUGGUAGCAUCUCAGCAUGGUGGGCAAUUUUCUUUCCUAUUAAAUACCAAUACGUAUACAAAAAAGCCCCCAAAUAUGUAGAAUAUAACCCUAAAAAAGGAAGAAAUUUGGAACAGGGUCUGAUACAAAUCUCUACAUGGAUAAAGACAGAGAAACAAGCCAGGCAAACAAUCUGUUGAAAUGAAAGUCUCUAUAUCAACAUUUUUUACAAUGUACUUUGAGUUUUAAACUUUUGUUCCUAAUGGCAGUUUUAUAGAUUUUCCCUCCCCAAAUUCCUAAUACUUCAAAUCUGUCUGUGGCAAGUCUCAGCUCUCAUGAGGAAACACAGUGGAUAAUUCCUUGCUCAUGUUCCAACCAUAGUCCGUUCACUCUUCCUAGCCAUCUUGGAUAUCAUGGUAGCUUCUGACCUUAGAAAGGCUUGGAUUUGCUUAUGUAAAGUCAUAGGGAUUUUAUUUUGUGUCAUCACAAGAUUCUAUAAGGACCAACAAACCCCUUUUCCAGCCCAUGAACAGCAGGAAUUUGUGCAUUCUGAUAAUGAAAAGAGAAAAGGUUUCCUCCAAGUACAUUUGUUUCAUGGAAGUCCAAAUGCAUAAUACUUGACCUAUACAUACUUCCAUCACACAAGCACACUUGUGCCCACACUUGCCCCAAAUCAGCAGUAUCCCUCAGCACACAGAUUGAAAAUGAGAUGUGCCCUUUAUAAUAUCGCUCAAAUCCCUGGGAGAACAUGAUGAAGGCUCUGAGAUUUCUCUAUAAUGCUCCAACACCUGUUGUCCUUAAAAGGGGGAAGGCCAUAGAUCUAGCCAGGAUCCAGACUAGAUAGGCCCACUCUGGAGCUUUCCUCAGUUGUUAUAGAAGAUGUUAUUUAAUUAGCAGGAGCUGGGAACAGUGGGAUUUGUGAUUCUGCAGAAAAGGUAUCAGAUCUUCAAAUUUGGUCUGCCUCUGCUCGAGCCAGUGUGCUGCUGCAGCAAAAGGAAUCAAAAUGAAGGGCAAUGUGAGAACAGGCACAACCUGAGAUGCCCCUGGGAUCUAGGAGAACAGGACGGUGCCCUUUCUGUUGUGGCCUGACUCUUAAAAGAAAUCUUCUAAAAGAAUUCGUUAAUUUAGUAAUGAGUUGAAGUCUGAGGUAAUGGAGGCUUUGGGGAAGAGAACAAAAGGAUUGAAAAAUGUAUUCAGCACCCAACAACACUAAACCAAAGAACGUCCAAUCACAAAACUAGGAAGUUUGGCAAGAGAUCUCUGGGCCUUUCCAUGGGUUGAGUUGACAGACUUUCUUUUCAGUGAUUUUUGGCUCUAAGAAACUGCUUUACUCACCAGAAAAAGAACUUUAUUUAAAUGGCCAAUUUUGUCUCCCAGAAAAAGGAAUUCAAAAAAGGAAAACUGGACACUAAAGACAAAACCAUGUGACUUGGUGACAAACAAAAAGGCGCACUUGAAUUUCAAUAGACUCCCUAAUUCUAUAGUAAAAGCAAGGCAACCCAUUGCCACCCAAACCUGCAAGACUCUCCCAUCCGCAGUGCAUGAAGAGAGAGUACUACUUGAACUGACCCAGCCACCAGGCUUUCUGAAGCUAGGCAUAAACUGCUAACCAGGAAGGCAACAGCUUCUGUCUUCCCUCUGUGUUUUCAUAAAAGAAAGGGGCUGUUCUCUUAGGUACCCAGGAAUUAGAUGGUAUGGGACAAACUUUCAAAAGUGCUCCCUACUCUGGUGCUCAGGCUGCAAAUGGAGGCAGAAAAGAGGGGCACAGAACUCUUUUUCUAGAGAGAAAAAAUUUCCAUAUUCCCAAGGGCCUCUGUGUAGCUUUGCUGUUUCUGAUACUGCUUAAGCCUCCACAAGAGAAGAAGCUGUGGUGACUCAGUGUUCCUAUAAACAAACACAGAAUGUGGAAAUUACUAACCCAGAGCAUCAUUUCUAGCACUAGAUUUCAAAGUGAUAACCUGACCAAAAUACCCCAGAGAUUUUUCUAAGUCUCUGAAGAUUUUUUCCCCUUGAACACUGAAUACAUAUGUACCACCAAGUUAACCAAUGACAUCCCAUCAACGGUGUACAUUAGCCGAUCACAGAGACUGGUUGUGGAUCAGUAGAGUUUGUUUCAGUUCUUUUAAGAGGGAAGAUGUAGAAGAUGAGGGCUGGAAGCUUGGAUUCUUUUCUAGAGCUAGGUAUUUCCUUCUCACUGACCAUGGGGUAAAAUGCCCUGGGUUGACACAAGGAACAUCAUCGUACCACACCACUGACCGAAACACCUGCCAUUCCAUUGUUACUUCAGGCCCAGCUUUUUAUUCCAUAAACUGGAUACUUUCAGACUGAAAUCUAAGCCAAGGUGACCUCAGUUAAGAUCGUUUCUCAAGAAGCCACUUAUAGAAUUGAAUUAUUGCCUUAAAUUAAGUCCAGGAAAAGGGGCAGAAUAUAUAGAAAUUGGAAGGGCAUGAAGACAUGGGCAUAGGUUGCUUUUCUAAUGGUGGCAUUAUUGCAGAAAUAAGCCCUAUUCAUGACUGUGGACUAUGGAAACAGUGACUUUUGGGGGAGGCACCAAACCUGUCCAGGCCUGGCUGCUCUCAGGAAGUGGCUAUGAUUUCCUGUCUAUGGUAUUUCAGUGACAUAGGUCUAGGCUGGCUGUGAAAUAGACAUCAUAUUAGCUGAAGAGUAGAUCCCAUAAAACAUAAUCACAGGUGCCUGGGAUGCCUGUUUUAAAUGUUUCUGUAACGGAGAACCAGCCCAACAGAAAGCUUUCAUUCCCUAUACAGUGUCUAUUUCUAGAGGUUUUUUUUUUCCUCAGUUUUAGAGAGCAUCUGGUUUAUUUUGUGGUUCUUUGUUUAAAUGCAAGCUCACAACUCUCAAAUCUUGUGAAGGAGCAUAAUCUGCAGAUCAUGGGCAAAAUCCAGCCACAGUUCCAGGAGCCCCAGCUUUGAGGUACUUAAACAGGGUAUAAAAUGCCCCUCCUCACUCUCUUUCAAGUUCGGAGAUUUCCUUGGUUCAGAAUGCCCCAAUGAGACUCUGAUGUGCCCAAGACAUUUAAAAAAAAAGAGAAAAAAAAAAAAAAAAAAACCCAUAGGAGACAUGUGUUU